CCGCGGGUCCGCCGUGCCGGAGCGCCGCGCACAGGACUAGAAGAAUAAAGAGAAGCUGGAUUGAUGAGAACUAUAAGAAGGCGUACAACAGUUUGGAAUGGAUUGAUUUAUGAUACAUCUGAUACAUGAGAGCUACAUUUUGUGUCGCUGUUGUCCGGCUGCUGCUGGAGUACUUCAGCUGAUUUCAUUGCAGCAAGCCCAACAGAUAAGUCCACAUCACCAGCAAAACAUAAGCAAGUGUGAUGCUGAAAUGAGAUGAGGCUCCGAAAUGGAACUGUGGCCACCGUGUUAGUUUUCAUCACUACUUUCCUCAGUUUGUCCUGGUAUACUGCGUGGCAAAAUGGGAAAGAAAAGUUGCUUGCCUACCAGCGGGAGUUUCACGCUCUGAAGGAACGCCUGCGCAUCGCCGAGCACCGCACGCUGCAGCGCUCGUCCGAGCUCAACGCCAUCCUGGAGCAGUUCCGCAGGGCCGUGGCAGAAACCAACGGCAGCAAGAAUGCCAUGAACAAUUUUUCAGAUGAGACACUGAAAUUGUUAAAAGAGCUAACAAGCAGGAAAUCUCUUCAAGUGCCAAAUAUCUAUUACCAUUUGCCUCAUUUGUUGAAAAAUGAAGGAAGCCUUCAACCUUCUGUGCAGGUUGGCCUUGGAAGGACAGGAGUUUCCAUUGUAAUGGGAAUACCUACAGUGAAAAGAAAAGUCAAGUCUUACCUUACAGAAACUCUCCACUCCCUUAUUGAUAAGCUGUCCCCUGAAGAAAAACUGGAUUGUGUUAUGGUUGUCUUCAUAGGAGAGACUGAUCUUGAUUAUGUUAACAGUGUUGUUGCAAGCCUGGAAAGAGAGUUUUCUACAGAGAUCAAUUCUGGCUUGGUGGAAGUAAUAGCCCCUCCUGCAACAUAUUAUCCUGACUUGACAAACUUGAAAGAAACAUUUGGAGACUCAAAAGAGAGAGUGAGGUGGAGAACAAAACAGAACUUGGAUUAUUGUUUUCUUAUGAUGUAUGCCCAGAAAAAGGGGGUUUAUUACAUUCAGCUUGAAGAUGACAUUGUUGUCAAGCAGAAUUAUUUCAGCACAAUAAAAAAUUUUGCGCUCCAGCUCGCUUCUGAAGAUUGGAUGAUUCUAGAAUUUUCUCAGCUGGGUUUCAUUGGUAAAAUGUUCCAGUCUCCAGAUAUCACUCUUAUUGUAGAGUUCAUAUUUAUGUUUUAUAAGGAGAAACCUAUUGAUUGGCUCCUGGACCAUAUCCUCUGGGUGAAAGUGUGUAACCCUGAGAAAGAUGCUAAACAUUGUGAUCGGCAGAAAUCCAACCUACGGAUACGCUUCAGGCCUUCUCUUUUCCAGCAUGUUGGCCUCCACUCUUCUCUAGCAGGGAAGAUCCAGAAACUCACAGAUAAAGACUUCCUGAAACCAUUACUGCAUAAAAUCCACGUGAAUCCACCUGCAGAGGUUUCGACAUCUUUAAAAGUCUACCAGGGGCACACGCUAGAAAAAACCUACGUAGGGGAAGAUUUUUUCUGGGCUGUCACACCAGUUGCUGGAGAUUAUAUUCUCUUUAAAUUUGACAAGCCAGUCAAUGUAGAAAGGUACUUGUUUCACAGUGGCAAUCCAGAGCAUCCAGGAGACAUACUUCUAAACACAACUGUAGAAGUUUUGCCUUUUCAGAGUGAAGAACUGGUAUUAAGCAAAGAAACCAAAGACAAACGCUUAGAGGAUGGUUACUUCAGGAUAGGGAAGUUUGAAAACGGUGUAGCUGAAGGAACAGUUGACCCCAGCUUAAAUCCUAUUUCAUCAUUCCGGCUUUCAGUGAUACAAAAUUCGGCUGUUUGGGCAAUUCUGAAUGAGAUUCAUAUUAAAAAGAUUACAAACUGAUCAUGGAAAUCUGCUUCAAAGGAAAAAGAAAGAAUUCUUGAAAAUUCUUCCUAUAAAAUCUGAUAUCCUUGGCAAGUCAUAAAUUGAAAAUACUGAGCAUGCACCUUAUUCCAAAUGUCAUUCUUUUUCACUUGAACUCUACCUCUUGUGAAAUCUACUGUAGAUGAGAAGAUUGUAUUUAUCCCUUCUUAUCUGAUCCAUUCAGAAACUGAUGCUCCACACUGAUAAUGUUCGUCUGAGGCCCCAGUUGUCCUCCACUGUAAUGUGACUUUACCAUCUUAUGGUUGCAGAACCCUGCUACGCUUAACCUGUACUAUUUUGAUAGUAUAGUAAUAUAGAGUUGUACAUAUUGUUACAUUCCUUGAGGAAAAAAAAAAUAUUGUUAAAUAAGUUUUAUGAAGGGGGUACUUUCGGAGUUCCAUUUAUUUUCUAUAAUGAGAACCCUCUUUUAUAGACUGUCAGGGAUAUAUA